AUGAAGCAGGAUCAGCGCCUUGCAGUGAUCUUUGCAGUUGCUGUGCUUGCAGCUGGCAUUGGUGGAGCCUACAUCAGUGAGGCUAAGAUCCAGAUGCAGAAUCUGAAGGCAGUGAUGAUCAGUGAUGGCAUGGAGAUGGUGAAGGUGGCAUUCAUGCUCUUCAUUGUGUGGAAGAUGCAGAAGAUCCAGAGCCUGAUGAAGUCCAUGGAUGAUUCAGCAUGGACAUGUGCCCAAAAGUGCAACUACAUGGAGAGACGAAUGGAGAAACAAGGAUCACAAUUCAGUGAUACCAUGAGGCACAUGAGUAACAUCCUGGAGACGUAUGAUGAGCAGAAGGGUGAUUCAGCAAUUCUGGAGCAGAUGAUUGCCAAUCAGAAGCCCAGAUUCAAGCUGGGGUCGACAAGUGAGACCUAUGCAGCAGAGUGGGACAUGACCAUCAGGACAUGCCUGCUCAAUGCCAAGCUGCAGACCCAGUAUCAGCAGCUCAUCAGGAAGGUAUGCAGCAAGGAUGCAGAUGAAGCAACUUCAAAGUAUGAAGAGAUCAUGAAGAAGAAUGCCAACCGAGAUGAGUGGGUGAUGAGCCAGCAUCAUCCAGACCAGGAUGAUGCAGAUCUCUUGUCCAUGUGCCCUCCAUGGAGCAACCUCAAGAUGACCUAUGGCAACAUCAAGGCCAGGUACGAUCAGCUGCAGAAGUUGUAUGAGCACUUCAAGGUGGAGAUGAGCCCAUGGGAGAUGAAGGUUCCAUCCAAGCGCAGCUGGGACAUUGAGAGGGAGAUUGAGAAGAUUAAGGGAUUGAGAGGAGAUCCCAAAUGAGGGUGGCAUGAGAGGCAUCAGCCCUAGAUAGAGACUGCUGUGAAGCUCUAUUUGAAGCUUCCUGGACCUUGC